UAAUUCUGUAUUUACCGGUUGAAUUGGGCUGAGACAGGUCGAGCAAUAUGAGGUGUCUUUGGCCUUCUCCGGCGUCACAAACUCAUCUUCUUCAUCGUCAUCACCGCCAUCUCUCUGGAAUCUUCCCUUCGAAAAUGGCAUCCCUUUCUUCUUCUUGCUCUGCCUCCUCUCUUCGUUUGGUUCCGUACGAAAGAACCUUGUUUUCUCUUCACCCGUCGAAAACCCUGAUCUCGCCGCCUCUAAAACCGCCGGAAUUUCCCUCUUUCCGCCGGACCAUCGUCACUUUCCAGAGCAUACCAACAGGAAUCUCUCUGUCGGUUUCGGCUUCGUCGUCGCCGUCGAGCUCUGUGGAACUCCAACCGAUCGAAGAGCUUCCCCCGAAGCUCCAAGAGAUCGUCAAGCUGUUUCAAUCGGUGCAACAGCCGAAGGCCAAGUACGAGCAGCUUCUGUUCUACGGUAAGAAUCUGACACCGCUCGAUGCCCAGUUUAAAACGAGAGAGAACAAAGUACAAGGAUGCGUUUCUCAGGUGUGGGUUAGGGCUUUCCUCGACGAAGAACACAACGUCAUGUUCGAAGCAGAUUCCGAUUCGGUUCUUACGAAAGGACUAGCGGCUCUUCUUGUUCAGGGGUUAUCUGGAAGACCCGUGCCGGAGAUUUUGCGGGUCACGCCAGAUUUCGCGGUUCUUCUCGGUUUGCAGCAGAGUCUGACUCCUUCUCGGAAUAAUGGGUUCCUUAAUAUGCUGAAGCUGAUGCAAAAGAAGGCCCUUCAGGUAGCGGUCGAAGCCGAGGAGAAUAAAGGGUCUACUCGUGAAGCGGAUAAUGGUAAAGAAACUGUUCUUGAUUCGGAUUCUGGGUAUAAAGCCAGUGAACACGUGGAACUGGGAAGUGAUAAGAUCCAAAAUCCGGAGAAUGGGACGAACUCUGGUGAUUUGGGAAAUAGAGGGAUGAUGAUAAAAGAUAAACUGGAGAGGGAGCUGAACCCUGUCGAAUUAGAAGUUGAAGAUGUUUCUUAUCAGCACGCAGGCCACGCUGCUGUUAGGGGGAGUGGCGAUGGAGAAACCCAUUUCAACUUGAGAAUCGUUUCGGAUGCUUUCAAAGGGAAAAGCUUGGUUAAGAGGCAUAGGCUGAUAUAUGACAUGUUACAAGACGAGUUUCAGAAUGGAUUACAUGCUUUAUCCAUAGUGGCAAAGACUCCGGCUGAAGUUUAAAAGGGAGAGAGAGGAGCAAAGGCCAAAUUCUUUUGCUUUCUUAGUCCAUUAGCUUUGGAUUUGUGCCUCUGAUCCUUUAACAAAGUUUACUCCUCUAGUUUGUAACAAUAAAGGGUUUGCAUUCGUGUGGAUAUCCAUAGCGAUUUUGCUUCAUGGUCUGGAAUACUUCUUGUAUGAAUUCCAAUUCAUUAUAUAUGCAUAAUAAGAGAUUGUCACUUGGACCUCCU